GCGUAAAAUCAAAGAUAAAAUUUUUUUUCCUCUUGUAAACCCAAUCCGGGGACAUACUGUAUAUGAAACUUGUAAUUACCUCCAAACAAAAAUUCAACAAUAUUUAUAGACACAACAUACGUAGAAAUUACUAACUUUCUUCAUGGUUACAUAAUUAACAAAAAAAAUUUGAACCCACAAGGACUAUGCGUAGAUGAAUGUGAUUUUUUUAAAAUGACAGAAGUAUCUUACUUUUGUGAUGCAAACUGGUGUGAAGAUUUUCGUUGUUCCAAAAUCAUUAGUUGUGAAUACAUUGAUUCAAAACUGGAAGUGUGUCCUACUGAUAGUAUGUCUAAAGAAAACAGAAGAUAUCACUACAUAGAGUUUGGGAAUGGAAAUUUUUUUGGAAAUAAACAAUCAUGCCCUAGUAAUACAAAAACUCUUACAACUUACAGAGAAUGGUUAAUUUAUAAAUGUUCUUAUUGUUUUUGUUUGUGUGAUGAAGGCCCUAGAUAUAUGUCUGAUAGAUACAUUAAUUUACGAAUUAGUAUGGCAAAUAUAAGCGAUAACAGAGUUGUCACCGGUUUGAGAUUCAUUAAACACAAUAAAAUCAUUCAUUUGCAAGUACAAGAAGGUAAACUUCUCGAAAGGGGAUAUAUCGAUCCAAAAACUGUGCGAUGGGUACCCCCCGAAAAUUAUAAAACCAUUGAUAAAGAUAUUUAUGAAGGACAAGAUUACCAUACAAUUUCUUGGGAAAAACGAAGUAUAGAGUUAUCCGAAAUUGUAGUUGAAGAAGGAUCAGUGGUGACAGGUGUUAGAUUUAAAAAAACUUCUUUUGGUAGUUUAGAUUUAGAAGUUCUGAUAACGGAAUUCAACUUUAACACUGGGAAACUAGAUGCAAUUCCAAGUUGGGGCUUUUUCAAAAGCACACCAAACCUCGAUAUACGACACAAAUUCAAACAUAAAGUAAACCUAAAGUCACCUGAUAUUCCUGUUCGCACAAAAUCUUUCACUGAUUUCUCAGAAAAUAUGUAUAUUGAGUUUAUAAAUACGGACUACCAUAAAGACGCCGGUCAAACGACAGUCCCAUUCUUCGACGCCCAGCCGGUAAACAGCACAAUUCCGACACCAUUAUCUGGUGUCGGACUUUUUCAUAAAGGACGAAAAGGAUCUGGUGGUUUUAUAACACCAAAAAUUUUUACUUACGAUUUUAGUAAACAUGUGAAUUUAAUAUCAUUGGGUUAAUAUAAAUUGUUGCAAUGAAUUUAUUUUGUGCUAAGGAAAGGAAUUUAUAAUUUGGUUACUAAACAUAAAAUGUUAAUAUGAUAUAAAUUUAAAUACAUACAGUGAGAAUUUUAUUUCGCUGAACAUGCGUUUCCAUGUGGCAAAUAUUGUGGCAAGGGUUGCUAGAUGCUUGGAUAUGUUGUAAUUGCUUGUAAUGCAUUGACAUGACUUGUUUUUUAAUUGAAGAUAGGGUUAAUAGAGUUGAUGUUCAGCGAAAUAAAAUCCUCACUGUAUGUUCUUUCCGUUCAUAGCUUUUACAAACGUUGUAUGGUAAUAUGAGUAACGUAAUUAUGUCUCAAAGAUACAUUUUUUAUUAAUUUUAGUAAAACAGAGAAGAUUUACGUCUCAAGCUUCACAUUCUUAAACUCUAAUUAACGCAAAAAACAUUUUUCAAGCAAAAAGCAUAUCCCGACUUUUGAUUUUACAGUUAUGUCAAAUUGAAAUAAAAAUAAUCACAAAGAUAUACAAAAUCUGGAUUAUUUUGCAUAAUACAGAUAAGUCACAUAGGUAUAAUAAAGACCCUGACCGAUUUUCCCUGACGCAACCCAAAACACAUUCUCAGAUGCCAUUAUGCGUUAUUUGAUGUACUGUUUGAAAAUUUUCAAAGUUAUAAAUAAACAAAUAAAAAAUAAAAUAAACAUAAAUACUCGUAUUUGCGAUAGCUUUGACAGUGUACUUUCGACGGUCCAAAUUUAGAAAUAGCAUUUUUGUGGCAUUCUCCGUAUAUCAAGAUCAUGUUAGUUUUUUUGUCGUUUGAGUAAUUUCAAAUUGGUCAAAAUGGGUUGGAAUUAGUCGCCGGCGUAUAAUAAUACGAGUAGGACCGCUCUUUUUUGAAGACAUACGUUUUCGAAUCCAAGGUUGACUCGAUUACAAAUUAUCUUGAUCGCUCGAUAUUAAAGCGUCUUAAUUACUCCAUUGUUAAAACUCAACAACACAUUUUAGAGAUAUCACAUAGAUAUUAGCCUUAUCAACGUUUAAGUAAUUAAAAACAACAAUUGCCUGCCAUAAUUUAUUAAGACUAAUCCACGGCAAAGAAAGAAAAAAAUCACUUGAUAGUUUUACUUGUGUUCGGUGAUCAAGAUUUAUUUUCUCGCAAUCAACUCCCACAACCGUAGAAUAAGUCAGUCCUUGACAGCCUUAUCUAAAUUAUACGACACUCAAAAAAUAAGAAAUUGGGCUCGUAGGUAAGCGCGCGACGUGGCGACAUUGUGAUAGCGCUAGGUAUUGGGGGUAAAUACAGUUGCGCCAGAACUCGCGCCCCAGAGAAAAUUUUCAAGUAAGAUGUAUCAAAAAUCUUCUUUUCUCAUAUGUAUAAUAUACGUAUAUAUGACAAUUACUUUAAUGAAUUGUUAUGUUAUAACGGUGAAAAACAAAUCACAUGUAUACUGCAUUAGUGAAAAUGUGGGAUCAGCUAUUUAUGUUUUACCAAUGAGAAAAAAAACAAAUUCUCCAGAAAUUGUAAAUG